GCAGCGCCGCCCGCACUUGGAUAUUUGAAUUUCCCGCCACACGUCGUCGUCGACCCCUUCCUUGUCCAUCCUCCAUCCCCUCCUUGCCAGCCUCGAGUGACGACCAUGAACAUGAAUACGGAAGCGCGCCAUCUGAAGCGCCCGCGCCCGAGCUACGGCGACAGCCCGUCCGAAGUCGAGUGCCACCAUUGGGACAUGGGCAAGCGCCCGUACCACGAGCUGCGUGCACCGACCUUGUCGCCGCUCGAUGUGGCGUCGGCGGCGCAACUUCACCAGCAGCUACAGGAUCUGCGCCGCGAGAAGAUUGCGACGCCGCUUUUAGCGCUCGUGAGCCGCCUCAUGCUCCACCGCAUCAACCAAAACAUAUUUAACGCGCCGGUCGACCCGGUGCGCCUCGCCUGUCCCACGUACUACGACGUCAUUGCGCGCCCGAUGGACCUCGGCACCGUCAAGCAGAACCUGAGCGCGCUGCUGUAUGCGUCGGCCGACCACGUGGCCGACGACAUUCGCCUCGUCUUUGCCAACGCGACGCUCUUCAACCCGCCGGGCCACAUUGUACACGAGUCGGCCAAGCUCCUCGCCAAAGAGUUUGAGCGCGAGUUUGCGUCGUACCUCCGGCGCGAACGCGACCACGAGAGCAAGCGCGCCGAGCACAGCUGCACGCACUGCCAGGGCCACGUCUGCGGCCUCUGCGAAGAAAAGUGCAUCAACUUUGAGCCGCCGCUCGUGCUCUGCCUCGGCAAGUGCGGCCAGCGCCUCCGCCGCCACGCCGCGUACUUUAUGACGCCCGACGGGCAGCUCAACUGGUGCGCCAAGUGCGUGCCGAAGCAAGCCGAGUUUACCUACGGCGACCGCGUCGUGACCAAAGCCGAGCUACUCCAAGCCAAGUUCCAAGAAGAACUCACGGAACCUUGGGUGCAAUGCGACGGUUGCAUGGGCUGGGUGCACCAGAUUUGCGCGCUCUUCAACAGCGAGAUCGCGGUAGACGACGACGUGCCGUUCACAUGUGCCCUUUGCCGCUUGCGGUCGCUCGAGCCAGAGAGUAGCACAUACACCAGCCGCGACCCUGCGUCGCCGCGCCACGACGACAACCACACGGAGCCCGUCUUGGACUCGCCCGACAAGAUGCUUGCGCCCAUCGACCUGAGCGCGAUGGCGACCAAGCGCGACGACAUGAGCACGCACUCGCCGGUCGUGAAGAAGGCCAAGUGCAUCAAGCCGCUCUUCAAGGACGCGCUCCCGGACGCGCAUGCGUCGACGACGCACCUCGGCACGUUUAUGCAAACGUGGAUCCGCGACCACUUGGUCUCGCUCGGCGAGUCGCCGGCGGUCGCCAACUCGCUCUUUGUCAAGCUCGCGUCGUCGAUCCGCGUGACCGCGCCCGUGACGGCCAACGCGCAAGACCACUUUCGGCUCAACGGGUUUGCGUACCCGUCCGAGGUGACGUACAUCUCCAAGACGAUCCUUGUGUUUCAGGAGAUUGACGGCACCGACGUGUGCCUCUUCUCCAUGUACGUGCAAGAGUACGGGCCGGACUGUGGCAUCCCAAGCAACAACAACCGGACGUACAUUGCGUACCUCGACUCGCUCGGGUACUUUCGCCCGCGCCACGCCCGCACGUCCGUGUACCAGCAGCUCGUGAUUGCGUACCUCGCGUUUGCAAAGGCCCGUGGCUUCACCCACGCGCACAUUUGGGCCUGCCCCACGACCCGCGGUGGCGACUUUAUCUACUGGUGCCACCCGUCGCACCAGCGCAACCCGAGCAAGGAGCGCCUCCUGUUGUGGUACAAGGCGGUGAUUGCAGCGGCGAAAGCGCGCCACGUCGCCUUCGGCCACGACACGCUCUGGAAGACGCACUUUGCCGCGCUCCACUCGGGCAUCUCGAAUGCGCCGCUGCCGCCGUACUUUGACGGCGACUACUGGCCCGCCGAGUUGGACCGCGCGGUCCUCACGCCGCUCAAACCGCGGGCGAAGAAGAAGACCGAUGAGAUGCCCAAGGCCAAGGCGCGCGACGCGAUCAAGGCCGACGUGUACCGCGCGAUCGAGGUGACCAAGGAUUCGCUGUUUGUGAUUCCGCUCCAGCCCACGUGUGGCCACUGCGACCAAGUGCUUGUCAACAUGCCCUACUGGCAGUCGCCGACAGGCGCCGUCUGCGACGUGUGCGCCGCCGUGAGCGUCGACUCGGACGUGCCGCUGCAACGGCAGGCGGUGCCCCACUUUGUCGCCAACGACGUUCUCGACGAUGUCGAGAUUGCGUGCCCCUUUCUCGACCAUCGGUCGACGCUCUUGAAAAACUGCGAAGAGCGCCACUACCAGUUUGACACGCUGCGGCGCGCCAAGUACUCGACCAUGAUGCUACUCUACCACAUGGCCACGGCGUCUUGACUCCGUUCUCUCCGCUGUCGUAGUCGAUUCGAGUCACAGCAGUCGUCGACCCGAGUCACUGCAGUAGUCGAUCCAAGCCGCUGGAGUAGUCGAUCCUAGUUGUCGUAUUCUUUUAACCAAACGCGAUCGGCAGUGGCGCGUCGGCGUCGGCCAUGAGCCCUUGAAUGUCGA